CAUCAGUACGCUCUCAUUAGAUGUCUGCCAUUCAAUCAUUUUGCCAUCGGUCGUGUACCAGUUGUCGAUAGAAGCAAUUCAUCCUCCAGCCUAUCUCAAGGGAGAAAUACCGCAGGUCGCUCUGCAGCUGCAUGUCCGGAAGCCAGGCCUGGCAGUUUGUUUCCGGCACAGGGACAGUGUUGAUUGCAGCGUCGAGGUCAUUCCUCGCACUUGGACAAAGACCUCGACCAUCUCCUGUCACAAGGCUUUUCCUUAACCAUAAACGCACCAUGGCCACGACCAUCAACACCCCUCGUGAUCCAAACACUCUUUCAAACUACAACAACUGGCGAACGAUUCACACGUCGACGACAUUAGACAUCUUGUUCGAUGAACAGAAGCUCAAAGGCAUUGUAGCCCACGAUCUGCAAUCUAUCACUGACGGCGAGAGUGACGAGAUCAUCCUUGAUUCCAGUCAUGUGCUCAUCCGCAGUGUCAUGGCCGAAGGCAAAGCCGCAAAAUGGGAGACCACAAAGCGACUUGAACCUUAUGGCAAUGCACUGAAGAUCAAGCUUGACCGCAAACCGAAACUGGACGAGAGAAUCGACAUCCAAAUCGACCUAGAAACGACAGAAUCAUGCACGGCUCUGCAAUGGCUGGCCCCCGCUCAGACCUCCAACAAGAAACACCCGUACAUGUUCUCUCAGUGUCAAGCCAUUCAUGCCCGAUCAAUCUUCCCCUGCCAGGACACCCCGGAUGUCAAAGCGACAUUCGACUUCAACAUCAAAUCACCUCUCCCAGUCAUUGCAUCUGGGAUCGGUGGCAAAGACAACCCGACCUCUCCGGCUGCAGAUGGCACCCACCAGCUGUACAAGUUUCACCAACGUGUACCCAUCCCAUCCUACCUUUUUGCCAUCGCCAGCGGCGACAUUGUCACGGCCUCGAUCGGCCCACGCAGCAUCGUGGCCACAGGUCCCGACGAGCUCAAAGACUGCACAUGGGAGCUGGAAGAGUCGACCGAGAAAUUCCUCAAGGCGGCUGAAUCCCUCGUCUACCCCUACGCCUGGGGCGAGUAUAAUGUCCUGGUCCUGCCACCAUCGUUCCCAUACGGUGGCAUGGAAAAUCCCAUCUAUACCUUUGCCACGCCGACCAUCAUCUCGGGUGAUCGUGAGAACGUCGACGUGAUCGCACACGAGCUUUCACACUCCUGGUCCGGCAACCUCGUCUCCAACGCAUCCUGGGAACACUUUUGGCUCAACGAAGGCUGGACCACAUACCUUGAACGACGUAUUCAAGCCAUCGUGCACGGCGGCGACCAGUGGCGCGACUUCUCCGCGAUCAUCGGCUGGCAAGCCCUGACCGACUCGAUCAAGAACUUUGGCGAGGAGCACGAAUUCACCAAGCUCGUCAUCGACCUGAAGGGCAAAGACCCCGACGAUGCGUUCUCCAGUAUUCCCUACGAAAAGGGCUUCAAUUUUUUGUACUACAUCGAGAAACUCAUCACGAAAGAGCAGUUCGACACCUUCAUCCCGCACUACUUCGAGACCUGGCGCGGCAAGUCUCUGGACAGCUACGACUUCAAAACGACGCUCUUGGACUUUUUCAAAUCCAACGACAAGGUGUCUGCCAAACUGGCCGAGAUCGAUUGGGACACGUGGUUCUACAAGCCGGGCUUGCCGCCAAAACCGGACUUCGACACCAGUCUGGUCGACGUCGCGUACCGCCUGGCGGACCAGUGGGAGAAGUUCACGACCCAUCCAAACCCCGAUUUUGGCCCGAACAAGGUGGACAUCGACGGCUGGACGGCGAACCAGGUUGUCGUGUUCCUCGAGCGGGUCAUGGCAUUCAAGACGGCCUUGCCUGUCCCGCACGCGAACUACAUGGGAUACAUAUACAACCUGAAGGAGACGCGCAAUGUCGAGAUCUCGGCGCGGUACUACCAGAUCGCCAUGGCCAGCGGCGAUCAGUCGAUCAAGGACUUUGUGGUCAAGCUGCUUGGCCAGGUCGGUCGGAUGAAGUUUGUCCGGCCCCUGUUCCGGGGCCUGAUCAAGUUGGACUAUGAACGGGCCGUGGAGACGUUUGAGAAGAACAAGGACUUUUAUCAUCCGAUCUGUCGCGCGAUGGUGGCCAAGGAUCUAUUGGGGAGUAAGCAGGGGUAAGAAGGAUUAGAAAUGUGAAGCCAAGCGAUGAAUAGGCUCUCCACGGCUCUCAUGCUUUGCCCAGGUCUGAGGUCUUUCCUCUGCUGCUCGUACCAGUCAACAUUAACUGUUUGAAACCAUUUACUCUUAUCGC